AUAAAUACGGCACUGGUACACAAACAUGUGAGGAAAAGUCCAUCCACAAUAGCCCGGGCCUCCAUACUUGUUCUCAUACCAAGAAAGAUCUACACUGCACCACUAUAGAACAACAAGCAAAAUUCUGUUGCCCUCUUCAAUUUUGAUCAUUCUCUGUAUACGAUGGCUGGAUUACAGAGAUCUGCGACGUCGUUCCGGCGACAAGGCUCAUCAGGAUUAGUAUGGGAUGACAAAUUAGUGACAGCAUCAGGUGAAUUGAUUCAGCUUGGAAAUCCACGAGGAGAAACUACUAUUAAAACUGAUAGACAAGGAGAAGAAAAGCCUAAAUUGGAAGUGUCGGUGCCUGAUAAGGCUUCAUCAAAAACGGCUGGAUCCAUGGAGAGGAGCCGAUCUAAUCGCGGUUUCCGAACUGGUAAGGUGUCGCCGGCAAUUGAACCGCCGUCUCCUAAAGUAUCUGCAUGUGGAUUCUGUAGCGCUUUUGCAAAGAAUGAUAAAUCUAACCGUCGACCUAAAUCCGGCAAGCGUAAGAUGUAAUAUUAUUAUUCCGGUGAAAAAGGGAUUAGGUCAGAAUUGGAUGGCGCAAGUAACGUUCAUCUCGAUAAGGAUGAGGUGUGAGAAUUUUGGUGCUAGAUGACAACUGUACUACUUGUUUUAUGCAUUUUUGGCGUUUUCUCUGCCAGAUUUGUUCUUCUUUAGGUUCGCAGGGGACAAUUUCUUCCAGUGUCUUACUUUUUCUGAUUGCCUGGAUAAUCGAUGUGCAUAAGCUUUAGCUUUUUUCCUUUUUCGUUAAGCCGCAAUGAAUCAUUUCUCGUUGUACAAAGUUGAAUCUGAAAUUGGGGCCAUCUCUUGCUUUAUCUUCUGGUUAUGUGAAUUGAGUAUAUCUCAUGUUUUAUCUUCUGUAUACAAGUAUGCUUAUUGUAUACACUAUUUCUCUCUCCCCAUA